AUUUUGUCAGAUAUCCACGAGCAACUAGAAGAAUCUACGAAGAAGCACAAAGACAUCGCCAAACAAGAGGCCAACGCAUUCUUACUUGUGACCAACGCUGCCUUCCAGAAAUUCGGCGAGCAGCUCACUGUUAAGCACUCUGUGUUGACCGACAUGCUUGCAGAUUAUAUCACCGAUAUCAAGCGAACCACAAGUGAGCAGCAGAAUCGAAUUGAACAACUGCGAGCGAACAUCAAUGUUGGAAUCGAAGGCGAAAAAUCAUUUGUUCAAGAAAAAGAAGACCAACUCAAACAGAUCGUCCAUAUCCAACAGCAGAGCAGAGCAAAGGCUAAAAAGCAGCUCAUGCACGACAUAUCCCUCCUUUUACAAGAGUAUGACAGUGAAGAGCACGAACGUCUACAAAAGUCUAUUUAUGAUGUACAGUCAUCCCUUCGAUCAAACGGUGCGUCGCUGGACGACCUUCAAUCCGACCAUAAUCAAGACGUCAAUGGUCUCAUCACAUCUGAAAUGGCUACCGUUCAAGCUGCUGAAAAUCAUUACCACAAUAUGAGUGAUCAACUGGAUAGUUUGUCUAAUCUCAAGGAUGACGUUGAAACGGUUGAAAACGGCUAUGUCGAAUACCAAGAACGCUUAUCCAGGUUGAAUGACGAGUAUGAAGCCAAGGUGGCUGCAGCAAACGGAAGAAUCAGCGACUCUGUUAAAGCAGCUCGGUCUAAACAAGCAAAAAUCAUGGAACUGCAUAGUUUGGAAAUCAACAAAAUGCAAAAGACCAGUUCUACAGUUCGCAAUGGACUGUCAUCUCGUGUAUCCGAUAUCAUUGCUCAAAGCCAGGACGAAGCCAGCUCCGUUCAGCGUUGGGUAUGUAAACAAACUGGUUGCGUUGGUGUUAAUGGCUUGUUGGCUAACACACUCAUAUUUUCGGACAGGCGGAGGAAAACAAGCAGUUAGUAGAAAAUCACAAGCUGAUAACUGACGAUGAAAUUGAGCAACUUCAAAAUGAAGUUCACCAAUUGCUACGUUCCAAAAUUGAGGUCAGUACAAUGGGAAUUGGAUCUCGCACAGUGUGACAUGAAUACCUAAUUUUUCAUUUACUGCAGGACGAUCAUUCAACUGGAGAAACUCCGAGACGAACAUCGUAUCGUAUACCAGCCACCGUGACGCCGCGCGUGUCGAAUGAAGUACUGGUUCGCCGGCUCCAGGAAGCUCUCACCAAACCGACCCCCGCCAAUAGCUCCGAAGAGGUUACACUACCAAGGUCUCCAAUUGAAAGAGAGCGUUCGCAAUUGUCACAAACAAACCAUCAGCAAGAGCGGG